AUGGUUGAAGAGGUGCUUCAAACACAUGUCAACAGAGAAACUCAAGAUGACAAUCAAAACAAAUGCCAACAGAUAAUGGAAAUAGAUAUGGAUGAAGCUCAACCAAUAACUGAAAAGGUGCUUCAAACAUUUGAUUCUACUCAAGUAGAAGGACAAAGCAUUAUAGAGAUUGACAACGAACAAGCUUUGGGUAUUCAAGUCUUAGAGAGUGCACCGGUAAUCGAAGAAGUUACUGAAAAAACCUCUACUCAACUAACUAGACGAAGAUCAAUUUUGAAACAAAAAGAAUCCCCAACUACGAUAUUAAGAGAAAAUGCUUCGUUGGAAGAAAUAAAAAUCGGAUCAGUAUUUGACAAGAAGAAGAGUAUAAUUAACUGUUUUUCCAAUAUAGCAAUUACAGGACAUUUUGAAUUCAAGGUUGUUAGAUCAAGCUCAACAAGAUAUUCGUUGAAAUGCAAUGAUGAUAGGUGUUGUUGGUGUGUGCAUGCUUUCAGAAUUAAAGAUUCAACACUGUUCAAGAUAGUAAAGAUAGAGAAAAAGCAUGACUGCUCUGUUAACACAAUGAAAGUAGAUCAAAGGCAUGCUACUUCAAAGUUGAUUAGUGCUUACAUUAUCGACAAUCUUCGGGACCCAAGGUUUGAAGUUACACCAUCUUUUGUCAUGGCAGAGAUGCAAAAAUUGCAUGUACUAGACAUUGGAUAUCACAAGGCGUGGCGUGCUAUUCAACAUGCUUCGGCUUUAAUAAGAGGAACUCCCGAAGAGAAUUAUGAAUUAUUGUCUUCAUACUUGUAUAUGAUGACAAGUAAAAACCCGGGAACUUAUACUAACAAAAGGAUAGACGACAACAACAGGUUUCUUUAUAUGUUUUAUGCAUAUGGAUCAUCAAUAGCUGGUUGGAAUCAUUGUAGACCAGUGAUUGCUAUUGAUGCAACUUUUUUGAAGUCAAAAUUUCGUGGUGUUUUAAUGAUUUCAGUUUCAAAGGAUGCAAAUAACCAAAUUUUCCCACUAGCCUUUGGAAUAGCAGAAUCUGAAAAUAACAAUUCCUAUGAGUGGCACUUUAGUAAGCUUCGCAAUGUAAUUGCGAGCCGUGAGAAUUUAAUUUUUUUAUCAGACAGGCAUCAAGCUAUUGCAAAUGGCAUUGCAAAGAACCUAAAGCGAAGGAAGGUGAAAAGUGAGGUCAUAAAACUUUUCCAAAGUGCUGCAAGAGUAUACAGGCGCAAAGAAUUUGACCUAUACAUGUCAGAUAUAGCAAAAGUAGAUAAGAAGACUUAUGACUACUUGAUGGAAGAACCACCGGAAAGAUGGGCACGUUCUUGUAGUCCACGACGAAGAUAUGACAUGCUCACAACAAACAUAGUUGAGUCAAUGAAUUCUGUCCUAUUAGAAGCAAGGGAGCUGCCUAUAUUAAGAAUGAUGGAUUUCAUUCAAGUGAAGCUACAACAUUGGUUUUAUGAAAGAAGAAAUAAAGCAGAAGGAAUAUUUUAUGAUGUUUCUUGUUGGGUAGAGGAGGAAUUGAAGAAAAGAAUAGAUUUAGCAUUUACUUUGAAUGUCUUCCUUGUUGAUUCAUGGUGUUCUAGAGUUGAAGAAGAAGGAAUAACUUUCUUGGUGGACUUAAACAAAAGAACAUCUAUCGAGAAGAGAAACAUCAAGAAGUCCAACUUUUGUUUGCACUGGUACUUAAAGGAAUCUUGGCUGAAAACAUAUGAAAGACAAAUACAUCCUGUAGGAUAUACUGAUUCUUGGAUUGUACCAGAGAGUGUUAAGUCACAAAUUGUUAAACCUCCAGAUUUCAAAGUGCCACCAGGUAGAAGGCAGAAGAAAAGACAUAUUCCUGCUACCGAGUCAUCAAAAAUAACAUUCAAAUGUGGUCGUUGCAGAAGAAUUGGUCAUAAUAGAACAUCUUGUAUAUAUUCUCCGGCUCUCCAUCCAUUUUCAAGAAAGCAUAGAGAAGAGUAG